AUGGAGAAAUUGGCACUUGCUCUCAUCACAGCUUCAAGGAAACUGAGGCCAUACUUUCAGGCCCACUCAAUUGAAGUUCUCACCAACUUUUCAUUGAAGCAAGUGCCACAGAGAACAGAUGUAUCAGGACGCCUGCUAAAAUGGGUGAUUGAGCUUAGCGAGUUCGACAUACUGUUCCGACCUCGACAUGCCAUCAAGGGCCAGACCCUUACAGAUUUUGUGGCUAAGUUUGCCAAAACCCUAGAAAUGGAGGCGACAAUGGAACCAGUUGAGCCCCCAAUGUGGAAACUGUUCGUAGAUGGAUCCUCAGGAGAGGCUGGCUCCGGGACAGGGAUUCUCUUGGAAAGCCCCGAAGGCCACAAGCUAAAUUGCCUUAGACUGGCGAAGGAAAUACAGGUCAAAAGGCUCCUAACAAGCAGUGAUUCUCAGCUUGUAGUGAGUCAGGUCAAUGGAAACUUCACGGCCAAAGACAGUAAUAUGGUUGCAUACUUGAAAUUGGUUCUAGACCUAGUUCUUCAUUUUGAAAGGUUCGAGCUUAUUCAGGUCCCACGCCUAGAGAAUACUCAUGCAAACGCCCUGUCAAAAUUUGCCAGCAGCAAGGACUCAGAGCUACUAAAGAGCCUCUCCGUAGUGACCAGCUCUUGGUCAUUCGUCAAAUGGGGAAUCGACUUCAUUGGUCCACUUCCAAAAGGAAGAGGAAGUGCAACUUUUGCUAUUUUCGCCAUCGACUAUUUCACCAAGUGGGUCGAAGCUGAACCUUUUGCCAAGAUCACUGAGAUGAAUACUAUAAAAUUCAUCUGGAAGCACAUUAUUUUUAGGUUCGACAUUCCCCACUCCUUAGUACCUGACAACGGGAGACAGUUUAACAAUAAGAAAAUGCGAGACUUAUGCGACGAACUGGGCAUAAAGAAGGAUUUCUCAAUGCCUCAUCACCCACAAGCAAAUGGGAAAAUUGAGGCAGUAAACAAAACAAUCAAACAUACCCUGAAAAGGAAGCUUGACACCUCGAAGGGGGCUUGGGUCGAUGAGCUUCCCCACGUUCUCUGGGCCAUCAGAACAACUAGCCGAACUGCAACAGGGGAGACACCCUUCUCAAUGACCUACGGAGCCGAGGCCAUGAGGCCGAUCGAGGUAGGAGUACCAUCGCACCGUCGAAUACACUUCAAUGAGAUCAAUAACGACGAUGCUCGAAUGAGUGAACUCCACUUCCUUGAAGAAAGGAGGGAUACCUCCUAG